AUGUUUCCUGAACUGUCGCUUAAGAAUCUAUCUAUCUAUCUAUCUAUCUAUCUAUCUAUCUAUCUAUCUAUCUAUAUAUCUAUCUAUCUAUCACAGUCGUUACAUUUCAUUUCCUAUCUAUCUAUCUAUCUAUAUCCAUUACAUUUAUCUAUCUAUCUAUCUAUCUAUCUAUCAGUCGUUCAUCUAUCUUUGUUCAUUGUCUAUAUAUCUCUCCCAGUCAUUACAUUACACAUUUCACAUCUAUCUAUCUAUCUAUCUAUCACAGUCGUUACAUUUCAUUUCCUAUCUAUCUAUCUAUCUAUCUAUCUAUCUAUCUAUCUAUCUAUCUAUCUAUCUAUCUAUCUAUCCCAGCCAUUACAUUUAAUUUCAUAUCCAUCUAUCUAUCUAUCUAUCACAGUCGUUACAUUCCAUUUCCUAUCUAUCUAUCUAUCUAUCUAUCUAUCUAUCUAUCUAUCUAUCUAUCUAUCUAUGUUCAUUGUCUAUCUAUCUCUCCCACCAUUACAUUUAAUUACACAUCUAUCUAUCUAUCUAUCACAGUCGUUACAUUUCAUUUCCUAUUCAUCUAUCUAUCUAUCUAUCUAUCUAUCUAUCUAUCUAUCUAUCUAUCGAUCUAUCUAUCUAUCUAUUCCAGCCAUUACAUUUAAUUUACAUCUAUCUAUCUAUCUAUCUAUCUAUCUAUCUAUCUAUCUAUCUAUCUAUCUAUCUAUCUCUCCCAGUCAUUACAUUACACAUUUCAUCUAUCUAUCAUCAUAUCUAUCUAUCUAUCUAUCUAUCUAUUCCAUCUAUCCAUCUAUCUAUAUCUAUCUAUCCAUCUAUCACAGUCGUUACAUUCCAUUUCCCAUCUAUCUAUCUAUCUAUCUAUCUAUCUAUCUAUCUAUCUAUCUAUCUAUCUAUCUAUCCCAGCCAUUACAUUUAAUUUCACAUCUAUCUAUCUAUCUAUCUAUUUAUCACAGUCGUUACAUUUCAUUUCCUAUCUAUCUAUCUAUCUAUCUAUCUAUCUAUCUAUCUAUCUAUCUAUCUAUCUAUUCCAGCCAUUACAUUUAA